CCCUUUAAAAACUUCUUGCCUCGACGGUCCAUACUGCUGAAAAGUUAGUAACUAAAAUGCAGGAUACCCGGUCAUUUUAUACACAUCCCGUUAAAUGAGAAAAGCUCCAUUGUGUUUUAAUAUGCCUUGAAUAUCAGAGCGUUUCGACACCAUAUGAAGUAAAUUCUUGGUUUGCAACCACGUGAUAAGGCGGCCAUGUUGGAUGACAAUACAACCGAAUUUUUUCUGGAAGAAUUUACAUGAAAACAGAGUUAAGUUCUCAGAGGAGAGAAGUGCUUUUGUUCUUGACAUCCAACGUGAUCGCCGUGACGUCACGUGCAAACCAGCAAUAGUGAGAUGAAUCGAUCGAUUCCCCCAUCCAUCCAUUUGGAAGACAAAAUUAAAAACUAAUGUUUUUAUCGUCAAGAGAGAGAAGGAAUGCUGUUUUUUAUGGUCUCGGUGGUCAAAGAAGUGAUGAAAUGUCCCCCAUGAAUAAUCUUUUACAUGGCGGCGUACAAUGACCCUAGCACCUGACACUGAGAAAAGAUAAACCCUCCCUUCCUGGGCUGAUCAUCAUUUUCUUAAAACAAGUCGUUUGGUAUAAAUUUCUAGGUAAUGAUGAGGUUUAUUCAGGGGCACCCAACGACGGUUUCCUCCUAACUACAUAGAAAAUACAUUUUAGGCUAUCCGGGUGUCGGGAAAUGCAUUCUAAGCGGCGAUAUAUCAUUUGUAUCUGUUCGGUCAUCCUAGGGAAACUUGGGUCUUUUCGAAAUUACGAGAGCUUCAGUUUUAUUUUCCCGAAAAGUUCAGAUGCAAUUUAACCUGUUACUAAAUAUUGAGAAUUUUGUGAUUUCCUCUCUUCAUCACAUUUUUGAAUCCAAAACAUUUAGGUUUCCUUUUUUGUAUGAAAAAUAGCCCAAUCUGGGAAGUGAAAUAUGAAAAAGUAAACUUCAGUAAAUUGCCCGGAGUUUAUAAGAUUAGCUUCGAAAAUUGUACAUAAAUUGAACGGUCCUCUAGAAAUUUUUAGCCGUCUUCAAGUAAUAGGAAAUUCUAGACAAUAUUUAUUCAUCUUUAUUAUGUUUUGUGAAUAUUAAGAUCUGUGAAAUUAAACAGUUAAUUCUUUUUUCUAUUCUAAAUUAUCUCCUAACGCAGCAAUUUGCAAGCAGAGGAAAUUUCCAUUUGUGAUUGUGUUACCGUCAAGUGAUUUUAAAAAUAAAUGAGUAAAGAAGUAGAUUAAUCUCAGUUGUCCUGAAAAUAUUUCCCUUGUUGUAACUAUUUUACUGAUAUUAGUGUCAGUAAGUUCUUAAUCAAACAUACUUUGUCUGUUGUAUUUGAUCAGCUGAUGAUGGCAGAUAACAUCAGAAGCUGGUUUCUUCACUUAUCUCCUGAAACACGGCAAAGAUUGUUGCAGAAUUUAUUAGACCAUGAUCACAGGUGGAGAGUGGAUUAUCGGGAAGGUUUGGCCAAAAAGGUUGAGUCAGAUAUGAUCUCCAUGAUGGACCAAUUAAGGGAACUGAUAGAAAAGGAGGAGCCGUUAUUUAAGGGCAAAAUGCUGCAGUGUGGAAGCUCAUACAAUAGAACUAAGGUAUUUGUCUACUCUAUCCUUGGUAUGAACUUCUUGAUCAAGUAA